AUGGUCGGCCACGGCUCGAAACACUCUCCCAUCUACAUUUCGGACGACGAAAGCGAGGAUGGCGCACCACCUCUGGUGCCUCUGCCACCUGCAAGCUUUCCCCCCCUUCCUGCACCGAGUGUCCCGCCAAUCCUGCGUGUUCAAAAGCGAAAGCGGGAAGACGUUGUUGAUCCCAGAUGGCCACUGGAGUCGAAGAAAGCGAGAAAGCGGCGACGGAAGCUCGAGAAGGCCAUGGCUAGGAGCCAAGCUUAUUCUCAGCCUCCCCCGUUCUCCCUUGUCCCGUUUCUACAGUCCCCUGCACCCUGGAUUCCGUCUCCUGUCGAUUUUGCGAUGCAGUUUAUGCCGUCGCUUCCGCCAUUUCGUGACACUGUCCCCCCACGAAUGGAAGGCGGACACGGUUGGGGUCCUGUAGCCGGCCCUUCCAAUCUACACCAACAACAUUCGCCAAAUCUACCCCACGUCUUACCCCAGCUCCCAAUUCUAGCGUCUUCCCUUCCCCCGGUCUCGCCGCCUCCCUCUCCGGUCCCCGCACCCACAAACCAGCCUCCGAAAGCACCGGUCAAAAAGCCAGCAUCCCUUACAAUUGGCAUGAAACCAGACCUCGAUAAGAACAGCAAACAUGGAACCUUCAUCUACUCGCCUGUCACCAUCACCUCCAUCACACAACAACAUGCGACCUCAAAUCAAUACAUCCCCAACCCUGCUCGCACCCUGGUCAUGGAACAGCUUCCAAAAACUCACCGAUCCAAAGACUUUGUCAGAACAUGGAGCAAAGGCGCAUGUGGAGCCCAUCCCGUUUACUUCGCUGUGGAUCCACAGUCGGGAAAGGCUCUUGUCGAGUUUGCGACUGCUGAGUUGGCAAGAAAGGCAUGGUCCAGUCCGAAAAUCAGUCCUCCUGGUCAACCCAUAAAGGGCAAACCCCGCGCAGACUUGAUUCGAGCAUGGUGGUACCGCGUAGAAGGUGUUGGAGCUGGCGUGGGUGAGUUGGAGGAAGGUGAAAUAGAAGGUGACGAAGAAGAGAUUCGCGAAGCUAGUGCUCCCCCACAACCACCAGUGCCCAAGCCAGAGACGAAGAAGGAGAGAAAAGCCAGAUUAGCCAAAGAAAGAGCACUCAAGAUCGCCCAGUUGAAGGCUGAGACAACAUCUCCCCAAUCUUCGGUUCCCCCUCUUCCUCAGCAUUACGACGCAGUUCCAUAUCCUGCCCCGACAUGGCCUACCGACUGGGAAACAAACCCUCAGACGUCUUCUGUUCCAGCUACUCGUCCACUAGACCCAACCCAAUGGACAACUCAUUCAACCGCAGAGUGGUCCAAAUUCCAAUCUCCAUCAUUCGUCAUUCCGCCUCCUCCGGCCUCCGCAUCCAAUUAUUCCUCGAAAUCAGAAAUGGAUGUUGAUACCGAUAUGGAGAUGGAUGCCUCUCACUUGGAAUCGUAUCCCAACGACAAUGUGUCUCGCUCUGCUCUCGCUACCGCCAACGUCGAUCGUGGAUCAAUGACUCCGCCAUUGGAGCCCCGAGCGAUGAAGAACGCGCCAAAGGGACCCAGUUUCGUCAAGCGUUCACUGCUCGCACGGCAAAAAGAACUCGAAGAACGGAUUGCGAAGGGCCGACUUGAGCUUGAGGCUAAAGGGAUUCCUAUGGAAUCUGUUUCAACUCCACCUGACGCAGCAUCAAUGGAGGACAACUUACGCCAGCUCGUGCUCAAGAGUCAGAAGAACAGACUUAAGGCUGCACUCCCAAAGCAACCCGUUGACAUUCCCCCUCCUGUAUCUUCAUCGACAUCCUCGAGUUCUUCUCAUUCGAACACACCGUCUGCUACCGUGAGCGUGUCAACUUUCUCGUUGGACGCCAUGGCCGAGUCUUUCAUUACCGAAACAAUUCAAAGUCUGCUGCCGAACGCCAUAGUAACUGCGCCUCCCCCAAAGCCAAUGGGUCUCAAGGAAGAGUUGGCUGCAAAGCAACGACAGCUGGAGGAACAUAUUGCGGAGACCAAGUCGUUGAUGGCGCAACUAGCGGCUGCGAAAAGUAAACAGGAGAAAGAUCGGCUUCUCAGUAUCAUGCGGGAAAAAAGCAGGAUCAUGGACGGGUCCCCAACAUUUGGCACACUGGUUUCGAAAACACUGCCUCAGUCUGUUGUCGAGCCCGCUAUGAAACUCCGGUGGCCCGAUAGCAGAAACGACGUCUGUGUCUUGAUCAUCAGCGACGACGAGGAAGACGACGAGAGUGACGCCGAAUCGACACUCUAA